AUGAAAGUUACACAUCAAAAAAAUGUAUACUACUUGGAUUUGAAUAAAAACCUGUACCGAGGAUAUGUUGAAACCUCUCUUUCCAGGGAAAGCCAUGAAAAGUACAUUACAUACAAGUCUUCCCAUCUGGAAAUUGAAGAGGUGAUCUUACUGGAGACUUCUGAGCCAAUGGAAAUUGAACACUACAACACAAAACACACAAAGGAUAAAGCUAAGAAUGCAAAGCUGGGAGCAAAGAUUAAAAUAAGAAAAAACCCAAAUAUUUAUGGCGCCACGUCUAAGCACUCUGCUGACCUAAGCAUCCUUAAUCCAAAUGCUAAUUUGUCUACUAGAAAUAAUGAUUUUUCAUGCAUCACCACUUUAUACAACAAUGACACGAGUAAUAACAGCACAGUGAUGGAUACCAGUGACAUGGUGGCGGUUAACAACGAUGCCGGCGAAUUGGCUUUUUUUGAUGCCAAAGCAUUCAUACAUGAUGCAUUUAGAAUUAAAAUACCUGAGAACUGUCUAGAUUCCAAUAUAAAAGUAAGGAUCGUAUUCAAGCCAUCUCCCGAUAAUCCGGCUAUUCUCUGGUAUAGGCCAGUCUCAAAUAAAGAUAAACACAAAGAGGUAGUUGCAUGCAAUUUUUACAAUAACUCUUCCAGUGCUGCACCAUACAUAGACACCAUCACCAAUGUUGAUCUGUACUAUGUUAUUCCUAACAUUGAGGAGGUUAAGGUAGUUAGUUCUGGAUCCUUUAAAUCAAUAAAGGAGGAGGACAAAAUGAUUAUUUACCUUUACAGCGCCUUUUCCCACCCAAAAUACUUUAUGUUUGCUGUCGGAACCUACAACCAAAGUGAUAUAUUCAAUGAUAACGAUCAGAGAAAGAUGCUUAUACCCUAUAUUAUGACAGCAGAGGGCAUAUCAACAGAUCACUCUGAAGUUCAGAACGACCUUCAAGCUCUUAUUAAGUAUAUAGAGGGAUUCACCAAGACCCAGGAGCUUUCUACCUGCAAUAUUGUGUUUAGCCUCAUCGAUGUUGAAAAUCUUGUUGCCAAGAAUAUGGUUGUUCUUAAAUACACCUAUCUUCCCUCUCAAAGAGACAUUGAAAUGGCAUAUUUUCUGAAGAAGAUUCUGUCAGAGUCUCUUUGCCAGCAGGUAUACCACUUUCUUAACUGGAGCGCUUAUGAUUCUUGGAUUUAUUUUGGAUUUUCAGGAUACCUUAGCGACUAUUGUAUUCGCUAUCUUCUUGGAAACAAUGAAUUUCUUUAUAACUAUUUUGAAGAUAAGCAGUUUGUGGUCAACGAAGAUGUUCAUGAGUAUCCUCUUUUCUACACUUUUAGAAAAGAAAGUGAGGUGCAUUCCGAAUUUUUUAGAAAGAAAGCUAGACUUGUGUUUCACUCGAUGGAAGCCAAUCUUAGCUUUGCAUUCCUUCAGAAGAUAUCAGAUGAGCUAAUAGAGCUGCGAAGCGUAGCAAAGGACAGUGGCAGUGCAUCUAGCAAUUCAAGCAAUGCUAACAGUAACAUUGAUGUGCCAACAUCCAAUAAUAGUAUUAACAAUGGUGCCAAUGACAGCAGCAAUACUCACAGCAUAUGGGCCAUUAGCAAUGCUGAAAUAUCCUCUCAUACUACCUUUCAAGACCUCAAAAGAUGUUUCACACCCCGGUUUAUUAAAAUAGUCAAAGAUGCCACAGGCAAAGAUCUCAGAUCCUUCUUUGAUUUCUAUGUAUUCAGGCCUGGGCUCAUGCGGGUUAAGCUUCAGUUCCAAAUAAAUAAAAAGAAGAACAGCGUUAAGGUUAAUGCAUCCUACACAUCCACAUCCCUCUUGCCUGGUGCAAACAAGAGACUGCUUGGCAAUGUAGAUAUCAAAUCUGUAGAAUUGGAGGGUGGCUUUGACCAUUCCAUUGCUUUUGGAAACGAGAAUGUAUUCUACUACCAUACGAGAACAAAAAAGAAGAAAAAAGAUGAUGAAGAGGAAACAAUGCCUUUACUUUACAUACGUGUAGAUCCUAAGAGAUUGAAUAUAUUUGAGUAUACAGUAGAACAGCCCGACUACAUGCACAUUGAGCAGCUACAAGACAAAAGUGUUAUAGGACAGCUAGAGGCCAUUUACAAUCUGGGGACAAAGCCAUCACUCUCCUCCUGCGAGGCUCUUGAGAGGCUUCUCGAUAAUUUCCACAUAUUCUAUAAGAUCAGAGCAAAGAUAGCCUAUAUCCUCAGAUCAAUCAAAAUUGAGGACUAUGAUGGUCUUCAAAGAAUCAUUCAGUAUUUUAUAAGAACCUACUGUGUUCCUAAUUCUACUAUUUUGAAGAGUAACGAGUUUGGGCUUAUUUCCUACUUCAUUCAAAAGCAUCUUGUUGAUAGUAUUUCUCAAAUCAACUUUAAAGAAGAGUGUGUGAUUUCAAACUCUAAAAUAGUCUUGGCCUUCUUGGAAAACAUUCUAAAAUUCAACGACAAUUCUCUGAGCCAAUUCGAGGAUUCAUGGUAUGUUGCUAAUGCCAUUAACUUAUUUUGUAUCCACACAUGCUUUCUAAUGUGCUAUAACUCGCCCGCUUCAGAGUCUGAACGAGUGAUAAACAGCAUUGCAUUUAGCAGUGGAAACGAUGUGGAUUUUGGUGAUGUUGUGGGUCAUAUUGACAGCACGUUUCAUAAAAAUAUUAACUACACUGCUAAUUAUGCAUAUGACACUAUUAGAACCAAUUUUAAUGAAGCUGAAGUUGCCAACAUGAAUACUAGUAUCAAUAAGAGUGAUAAGAAUAAUGCAAACUGCGAACAGCUGUUAAGCAGAUGCAUCAGUGAGCUAGAAAGAUUCAGAAUUUCCGACAUGGUGUUCCCUUCCAACAAUAACAUUAUCACUAAAAUUUGUAUUCUUUCUUACAUUAGAUUGGCUUUUUAUAACAAAGUAAGCAUCAAACGAUCUACCCUGGAAAAUCUCUGCAGGUACCCAAAUCUGCAUUCUGUCAGGUUUGUUGCUAUUGAAGGGCUCAUUCUUCUCUUCUCUGACGCUCUUCCCUUUGUGCUGUCCUUGGCAUUAGAAGAGACAUCCUUUGUUGCCAAAUCAAUACUUGGAAUUAUCCUUAGAAUAAUGCUUUUAAAUCUAAGAGUGCAUUUACUAGAUACAAAUGAAUAUGAAGUGAAUUUAACAGAAAGGUUGAGAGUAUGCCUUUCUAAAUGUACCGAAACUCUUUACAGCAUAUACAAACAUCAUCCAUUCCAUGUUGGCAUAGCAGAUCUGGUCCAGAAGAUGUUUUCAAUGAUUGAGGGUAAGUUUCUUAUCCUCUCUGACUAUUCAGAAUAUAUUAUUUCUAAAUACGACUAUGCCAGAGAGAAUGACAAUAGACUUUCCAUUCUCAAAAUGCCUUCUGCCACAAAGAGGAUUAGAAUCAGCAAUUUCCAGGAACUGAGGAUUGCUGCUUUUGAGGAAUCCUAUACGUUGAGACUCCCCAGAAUAAAGAACUUUAGAAGCAAAACCAUUAAGGAUUCUGUCCCACUGUUCAAAUGCUUAAAGAUAAGGCUGACUCCUCCACGAUAUUUAGUCAAGCACACAAACGAAUACAUUAUACGAUUCAAAAUAAAGAAAACUAAAAUUAGGGUAAAGAAGAGUGACAUUGCACUAAUGCUUAUAAAUAAGUAUAGAGAAAACAAGGGGUCCGAGAAGAUAGAUGAGUGCAUUUCGAAAAGUAAGCCUACAGGAUUUUUCCAGUGGGAUCCACUGACGUCAGAUCAGAUUCUAGAAGUUGUGCAUACCCAUAAAAUGCCUGCAGAUGGCCAAGAUGAAAUAGCCACUAAUUUGACUUAUGUUCAGGUGUUCCAGGAAGUAGAAAAGUCUCUGAUUUUUGUCCUUAGCUACAAUCUAGUCGUAAGCAAGAUGUAUCAAACAGCUAAGUCCCUUUACAGCUACAUUGAGUAUGUCUUCUUGAACAAUGCGUUUAUCAAAGAGAAGAUACGUCCUAUGACUGAGGAGAGUAGGAGAAUAUGUGGAGGUUUCCUAGAACGACUAAAAGACAACCCCUCAUAUGCAGCCUUUUGCUACCCUGUUGAUACCACGGAGCUUAAGAACUAUGCCGAUAUUGUACGGCAUCCUGUCAGCUUCCAUGAUAUUGAAGCGAAUCUGUCUGUCUACCAGAGCAUAGAUGCUUUUAUAAUUAGUCUUGAAAGGAUAUGCUCCAAUUGUCUUAAGUACAAUGAUUCGAGGUCUGUGAUAGCUGGGAUGGCACAGCAGCUUCAGAAAGAGAUAGACAGCUUUAAGAAAGAACAGACCUCAAUUUUUGAGUCUCCUUUGAUUAAUUCUGUUGAUGUUAUAAGGAAUAUUAUUGCCUCCUUUAACAUUGAACAUCUAUUUGACUCCACCAUUCAGAAUAUUGCAGAAAUACGGUCCUGGGGAGACCUGGAAAAUGAGUUAAACAGACUAAAGAAGAAAUACUCAAGAACCAGUCAUAAUGGAAAGCUAAUCACUAGCUCAAUAAGAUUAAUAAAAGAACAAUUGAAGAACUGGUUUCUAUAUGAUGGGGUGAGGGUGCUUAUGAUGCCAGAAUGA